UUGUGGAAAGCACAACAAAUCAAGAAAUGCACAAUAAAUCUGGGAUAUUUAAAUUUGCUUUGAUUUUAAAUACCUCUGUUGUGUUUUAAAAAACAUCAUUCAAUUUGAGUUUUCUCUAAUUCUGACGUAGCAUAUUAAGGAAUUCAUUUUUAAGCCCACAUACCGAUAAACCACCAAUGUCAAGCAUUAGGACACACAGCAGUCACGUCUCUCACACUCCUACACCCCUACACACACUCUUUCUUUUUCCUUCACGUGCACGCUCACACGCAGGCACGCACACACUUAUACACAGCCUGAAAAUCUGUCAAUUUCUGCCGCGUGGUCACGUGACCUCCUCCUCCGUAGAGUGGAUGGAGAUGGCUCUCCACGUCAGCCUACGUCUCCAAAUGUCUGCUUAGCGAACCUGCUUCAAAGAGGCAGGAGGCACGGUGCUUCAGAGCCAUGUUCAGGGCGGCUAUAGAGGAAUCAAAGCCCAACAUAGAGUUAUAGCAGAGGGUGAACUACGAUGAUGGAUUUUGACGAAAGAGUCCCCGUCGGAUCGAACAUGUAUUUGCCCAGCUGCACUUAUUACGUGUCGGCGGGGGCUGAUUUCUCCGGUCUUCCCUCGUUUUUAUCCCAAAACCCGUCCACCCGCCCCAUGACAUACUCCUACUCCUCUAACCUGCCGCAGGUCCAGCCCGUCAGAGAGGUGACGUUCAGGGACUAUGCAGCCAUUGAAGCGUCCGGUAAAUGGCCACACCGGGGGAACUUGCCCCAUGGCUACCCCACCGCGGAAGACAUGGUGCACCGGGACUGCAUUUCGGCUCAGACAGCCGUCGUAGGGGACAUGUUUGGUAAAAACAGUCCCGCAGCCUCUGCCGCGGCGUACCACCACCACCACCACCACCACCAUACGGGUGCCGGAUCCGCUGCCACCAAUUUCUACGGGAACGUGGGCAGAAAUGGCGUGCUGCCACAAGUCUUCGACCAGUUUUAUGAAACCACAUACGGGAAUGCGUCGGAGAGCUCCUCCACAAAUGGCUACACAGGAGAUAAACAAGCGACCAAGCAGCCGAGCUCUGCCCCGGAGGACGCACCGUCGUGCCGGGACACCGAGACGAAGGAGACGCGGGAGGAGACGAGCAGCCCGGAGUUAUCUUCCGGCAACAAUGAGGAGAAAUCCAGCAGCAGCAAUGGACAGAGGACCCGCAAGAAAAGAUGCCCUUAUUCCAAAUAUCAGAUCAGAGAACUUGAGAGAGAAUUCUUUUUCAGUGUGUACAUUAACAAGGAGAAACGGCUGCAACUGUCGCGCAUGCUCAACCUCACCGACAGACAAGUGAAGAUUUGGUUUCAGAACCGUCGUAUGAAGGAGAAGAAACUGAACAGAGAUAGAUUACAAUAUUAUACGUCUAAUCCUCUGCUUUAGGGAUCAACACAACACCGUCACAGCGUCCACAGCACUCUGCUGUGGGACUGCCUGCGUUACCAGAGCGCCUGACUCCGGCUGUGACUCAGUGAACAUUGUGUCCCACAAUGGCCGCGACAGCAGCAACAUUGCUCAGUGGUUAAUUUCAAGUUCGAGGACAACAGUAUCCUGGGAUCUGAAUGACCUAAAAACUGAGCAUGAAUUAAAUCAAUCGGUGGACUUUGAUUUCGCUCUGAAGACUGUUUGGAGGAAAAUGUAGAAAAGGAUUGUUGUCCUCGCCAAGACUGUGCUUGCGAGGGCCCAUGUUAAUAUUAUUGUGACUCACAGACGCCUUGUUUAUUUUCCUUUCACGCGGGCGGAAAUGCAGUCACUCAUUGACUGACUCAGUGUAUUUUGUAAUCAAAAGAUUUGUUAAACUUUCUUUCUGUUUUUAAAAUCAGAAAAGUGGGAUUGAGGAUGUUGGCGACUAUGUGACUUUGAUAACUGAAUCUAUAUUGGUGUGACCAAAUAAUGAGUCCGAAUGGAUGAGAAUGUAAUGUGUUAUUGUUUUGUGUCCUUAUUUAUUGUGUAGCCACUCGUUUACUAUUUCCUUUAUUGCCACGGCUAAUUAAGUGAAAGUCCCUUAUUACAAGCAGGCUAUUGUGAUUCCGUGUCUGGGCUGACUUCAAAAGGAGCUUUUUUCGUCUCUGCUGUAGACUGCAGAGUUAAGGCUAUAAGUAUAUAUAUUUUGCGUACCUUUCAACACCCAAAUCCAUGUUGUCCUUUUUGAUUUUUGGAGACUAUCAAUCAAGAAUUGAUGUUGCAGGCCAAAACCAGAGAGAUAAGCUUGCCAGCUGGAUCCUUGUGGAGUUGCACUGAGGUCACGCCCAACAUAUUCACACAGGUAUAUAUGCAGCGGGCCUCUUCAGUCUUAUAUUGAUACGCAUAACAAAAUGUUUUUCCACGACUCGUGAUCCUUUGGUAGGCUACUUGCAGUCAAAUGUAAAAAAAAAAAAUGCUACAUUUUUAAGUGUGCUAUAAGGGCAAGGCUGGCCAGGGUCAUCGCAUUG